CGAAAUAUUUCGGCUAUUAGACAUCCCGCUGUUGGCAUUCGUUGCUACCGAAGCCAAAAAUAUAAAUAAAUAUUGAAGAUCGUUUGAAAAGAAGAAUUGGCACACUUAUAAAUAAGUCAAGAUACCCAUCAGAUGUAGGUAGACUCACUUCAUUUGCAGAGGUAAAGAAAUAUAUGAAGUCUACUUCCUCUGCCUAUUGACAGUUAGAUUUCAAUGGAAAAAGAAAAUUUACAGCAACAGUUUCAGCAGUUCCAAGACCAGCAGAAGCAGAAACUUCUGGAGAGAAGGAAAAGAAAAGAGCAGGCCAAUCAAAAUAUCAAGACAGAGUCAAAAGAAAAUCAUGCAUUUGGUGUCAGUGAUAACCUAGACCUGAGGAUUGGUGAUACACAUUUAGUGAACACAGAUAGCAUUAUAUCUGAGGAGCUGGUGGACCAUUUAAAUAGUGAAAUAAGACAAAUUAAAGAUGAGAAUGGACGACUUUUUAAGCUUUUGAGUGAAAAAGAUUUUGAGAUUCGUCAGUUAAAGAAAAAAGCUGAAGAUUUAAAAAACAGCGGUUUAGAUGGUCCACUGACCAAUGAAACAGCAGCAACUAAAAUAAUUGAACUCAGUAAAAAAGUGCGUGAGUUGACGGCAGAAAAAGAAUCUGAAAAAACCAGAUGUAAGCAACUCCAAAAGAAAUGUCAUGACCUUGAAAUUGAACUUCAGCGAUGUCCACCAUCAGAAGUAACAUCAUCAGUCGCGCCACCUACAGACAAUAAAGAGGAUGAUGGCGUUGAUGUUAAGGCCCUACAAGAAAGGUUAAAACAGUCAGAAUCCAGGAUGACAGAUUUUAGAAACCAGUGCCAGUCUCUACGACAAGAGCUUAAAGUUGCUCACAGGGUGCUGAGUCAGGAGCUGGGGGAAAACGUGAACAUUCAAUCUUUACUCAAUGAGACCAGCAACUGGAGAGGCAGGGCACAGCAGAUUCUGGCACUCCAGCAGAAGGUGGAAGAGUUGAAAGUUCAGCUGGAUGGGCCCAACAGUGAGGUUACAAAUACAAAUAUUUUCAAUGAGAAAGUUGCCUCAGCCAGAAAGAGGGAGGAAAAGUACAGGGAGGAGUUAAAGAGAGUGGAGAAAGAAAGAAAAGAAGCUCAAGAGAACAUGUCUGUCAAGGUGAAGUCCCUGAAGGCUGAGAAUGAAAGCUUAAAAGAAAAGUUAGAUGCUGCCAAGGCCAGGAACCAAGUUCUGGCUAAUGAAAUUAAAACUCUAAAACCACAAGUGCAGACACUUUUGAAAAAAAGCCGAAAUGAUGAUGAAUUUAUUGAUGCACUUAUGAAACAGCAAGGACAGCUGAAGCAGGUGCUGGAGGAGCACAACAAGAUGCAGGCUGAACAGCAGCAACAGCAACAGAAACAGCUGCACCACAUGUCCAUGAAGAGUCAGCAGGACAACAACAUUGUGGAGCAGCUUAAGUCUAUAGCAGCAGAGAAAGAGGCGCAGGUCAAGUUGCUGGAGAUGGAGCUGCAGCAUUUAAAACUUUCACAUACACAAAAUCAUCCUAGUUAUGGACAUUAUAAUCAGAAUCCCAACCCAGGUCAUGUGACACCACAAGCAGACAGCCGACCAAUCACAGCCAACGAAUUAGAGAAUGUAUCUGCAAGACCAAGAGUAAACCACUCCUCACUGUCAAGUGCAAGAAGUAAUUCAAGGGCCUCCAGCAGAGACCAUUUAGUUACACAAGCUCCUCAAAUACAGCAGACAGAUGGGGCAAACCUUCAGUAUCAAUAUCAGGAGCUGGAAAUAAUGAGCCGUGCUCUGGAGGUGGAGAAAGAUAAAAUGACAGAGUUGGUCAAACUGUUACAACAAAGGUUGACAGAAGAAACUCUUAAACUAAAUGAAACACUAUCAGAACUUCAGGCACAAAAGAGGCUAGCUGUAGAGCUAGAGAAGCAGCUGGGCAGACGUACUUUAGAAGCUUCUAAAAAGAGGAAUGACAAAAUUGCUUACUCAGCCAGAGAUCAUGUCACAGGUGAUGACAGCCAUGAAGGUGACGACACGCACAUUGACAAAAAUGAGCUCCGAACCAGACUUGAGAUACAGAAGGAUGAGAAUGAGUCCCUCAAAGCUGCCCUGAAGCGAACACUGCAAGCCAAAGAGGAAGACCUGCAGGUGUACAGUAUAACAUUAGAGGAAACCAAGAAAGUUUUCCUGCAGGCCCUGCGACAGAUGAAAGAUAGGAGUCCUAAUACUUGAUCUGUUGCAGAAUCUGUGCAAAACAUUUGUUAAAUAUGAUGCAAGACUUAGUAGUUUUCAAAUUUAAAUUUUUAACUGUACUUAAGUUUAAGUAAAUUUAAAUUUCUAAAUUUUGAAAAUUAUUAUUUACUUACGUUAGUUUAAUUUUACUUGUAAGCAAAAUAAAUUUUAAACCAAAAUAUCUUUUUCAUAAAUGCAGUUCCAGAAAACAUUCUUCAUACAAAAGCACAACAAGUGACAUGUUUUAAAGAAGUUUUUAAUUUACCAUCCAGUUUAAUUAUUAAGAUAUUAUACAUGCAGUUGAACUUUGUUAUUCAACUGCAUUAGUACAGGAUCUUGGUAAACACUAAUCCUUCACUUAUUAUUAAAUUUUUAAUGGUUGGCUAAGUUCCAUAUAAUAAUCUGUUCAGAGAAUAACAAUAGGAGAAUUAUCUUAAAAUAGUGACUUUUAAAGACUGACCCUGAGCAAAACAUUUUUUUAAACAAUUCUCUUAAAAACCAACUUGUUGUAGGUGUCAUAUUGUUAGUUUUUUGCUUUGAAUUACCAAAAAUUACUGUUGGCAUGCUUUGUAAUAUUGAUCUGGAGUAAUCAAAUAUUAUUUUCUAAGACUUCCAGUAAUAGACAAACCCAGCCAUUGUAACUUUAUAACUAGAAUAGGGAAUUUUCACCUGUCACAUAUGUGGUUCUUAAAUAGCAUUAAAAAAACUACUUGUAGACUGUAGACCAUCACUUAAAACUAUAUUAGCUACACUACAGUACAAAUACUUGUCCAAAAUUCUUAAGUUAAAUUUAAUUGAAGCUUAAGUAGCCUACCUACACGGCAU